GCGCUUCUCUUCCCUCCAAACCGGGCGGGGCCCUGUGCCGCGGGGGGCGGGGGGCGCCUUAGUCCUGAGGACUUUCACGGGGUGAGUCGCUUUAUUUCCAUUCUGUCGUCGCGUUACUAAAACGCUUCACAGCCAGUUUAAACCCCCGUUUCAAGCGUUAUCACGUUCGCUGGCCAGCUCGCAUGCCAGCGCAGAACGUGUUAUGAAUGAACCCUCCUGCCACACGUACGAGGCCGCGGUUCCUCACGGUGGUUCCUCUUGCAUAGAGCACAACUUUGCCGCUUCUGUUUCCUCUCGGAUAACGCCGUGCCGCACUCCUAGCGCCUUUCCCUGCAUCUUCUCCUAAUCUAGCUCUUGAUUGUUGGGCAGAAUCAUGCUUCAGAAGCCACCGCGCUGUCCAGCUAGGUUUCCUGAGCAUUCCAACGAAUGCACGUCUUUUGGAAUACAGGCAGAACUUGUUUAUCUGACUUUAAAAAGUGAUUUACGAAGCAUUUAGUAGUUCUGUUGACUGCUUGAAAAGAAGAAUCGAUCGACUUAUGCAGUGACAUAAUGUCAAAAUUAUCUGCUGUUAGCUUUCUGCUAUAAGCUAGCUCUUGGUGUGCUGUGUCGAUUGCUACUUUUUGUUUGAUCAAUAAGUAUUGAUCAGACUGGCCAUACCUGGCUGCCUUCGUGUCAUCUUGAAACAUCGGAUGUCUGCCCUGAGUGCUUCGUUUAUUGUGUGGCUUUAUUAUUGAGAUUUUCUUGGUCUUUGAAGACCUCUAUUUCUCAGAUCUCUCUUGAUAUCUUUAGCAGAGCUGUUUGGCCUGCUCAGGUAUGACUGCUCUCAUAGAUUUGACUUGCAUUUUGGUAUUUCUAGGUGUAGCGCUUGUAUUACCUAUGUGUCUUGCUAGAGCAUGGGUCCAGAACAAACACGUACGGUGCGUUUGCUUUCAGUGCAUCCAGAUCCUACUUUUUCUUUAAGGGUCUUUAACAAUUAUUGGCAUUUGGCAAAUCUUACAGGGAUAUGAAACCAUUGCUGCUUGUGGCUAACUUCCUUCCACCCCCUUAUGGGAGACUAACAUAGAUGCAAGGGAAAGGAAGGGGCCGUGGCUUCAGCUGCCCUAUGAGACCUUGAUCGUCGUGGCAGAGGAGAACCUGUGGUCAGUGCUGACUCUGCCGUGGAGGUGGCCUCCCUGGCAGGGGACAGGAGAUAACCAGCCUCAGCGAAUGCUUUGAGGGUGCCUGUCACAUCCCUUAUUUUCAUGCUGGUAGCUGCUGAUGCGAUUCGUGUUUGGUUCCACGUUGUUCCCUUUUGAUAUUUGUGUCUGAAGUGUCUCACAUGCUGUACCAUGCAACCUGGGCGAGUUCUGGGGGUUGUGGCUUAGUUCUGCGCUUCCCAUCAGUUCUUCAUAACCUGAUCUUUGGAUCAAAAAUUGAAAGUUUCCUAAUUCUCAGUUUUGAGAGGUGCUCCAAUCGAAUACAGAUAUCUCUGCAGAAGAGAUCCUCGAUGAUGAUCUUAGAGUACUUGGACAUAGAUGUUAAGAUAGACUUUUUUUAUUCAAUUAUUUUAGCAUAUGCUAAGAAGUUUUUAAUGGUAUUCUGCUCCACAAAGUGAAAAUGUCUCGAGGCUGUUUUUUAUUACAGUUUUUUUCUUCAGAAAAUAGGUUUCUGCUUCAAAACCAUUGUGUAUUAUCAUGAUGGUAAAGACUUCCUGAUUGCUUGCUUGACAUUCCCCCCACCACGUGCUAAUGGGCACUGUGAAUCUUGUCUUCAGAGAUGUUUUAAGUGUCUUGAUCCAGUAAAGGCUCUUCAAACAGUUUAUGGCAGAUACCUUUUCUUAGGCAUUGAUCCGUGGAUUCUUUUGCCUCUCUGGAUUUCAAGUGACAUUAAGCACUAAUUCAAGAUUUCUUUGCAGUUUAAAAGACAUUCCAAGUAGAACUUUCAACUCUGUUUUCUUUUGAGCUGUUGUCCAGAUGCUUCCAAAUAAAAUACCUUCUUUAUUCUGCCUUCCUUAGCGUGCUUGUGAGGGGGAGGAUAGGGGAUGCAAAUCUGAAGACGUGUGUCUCUUGUCAUGUUCUGUGUGUAUGCCCAUAGGUGAUGAUAGGUCUCCACAGAAGCAGAGCGAGUACCUGCAGCUCUCUAUUUGGCUCAUCACUCAAAAGAUAAACAUAAGGCUGCAUGGGAAUGUGCUGUCCUGCUCUGUUUCAGGGCUUCUACAGAGCAUUCAUGUGGCUUGGCUUGAAGUUUGCCAAGACUGUGUUACCUUAUGGUAUUUUGCCAGUGCAUUUUCUUCCUAAAAAAGUAGGGAUGAGUUUUGGCAGGUCCUUGCAGAACCUGUAAGGUAAUUCUGCUGUAGAGAUGCUGCGUGACACACCAGGGAGCAGGGAUCCUAACGUGACACCCAGCUCUGCUACAAAGCUGUUCUGAUCAAGCUCAAAGAAUUGACUGUGUCUCGGCCUUGCAGUUGGGUAAGAUGGGCCAAAAGCCCAGCCAGCGGGACUUGGGAGUUGCAGUUGGAAAACCUGGGUGGUAAAUCUGAGCCCACCUUGGACUGGGGCCUGGCUUCACUUCUCAGCAUCUUCACUUCAGGAGGACUUGGGUUCCGUCUUGUCUGUCUGUACAAACAGACCUUAGCUGAGGCAGCGGAGGGGUGCUGGGCAGUGUGUGGGCUGAGCUGUUGCCCACCUGCUUUUUCUUUCUGUCUUGGGUGAUUUACAUGAGCAGAAUAGCUUCCACAAGAGGGAGUUUCAUUUCAGAACAUCCUGAGGCCUCACUUCUAACACCACUUGCCUGAAUCUAAUCCUUGGGUUUUUUGGUUAAAGGUUUUCUACAGGCUUCGUCAGGAGGCAGGGAUGCUUCUCGUUCUCUUGUUGGUGAGGUAGCUUAAGGCGUUCCUUGGGCAGUUAGUGUGCAACGUGGUCUCUUGAGUUCUGUUGUACCACCUAGAUCAUGCUGCAUGCUGGAGUAUGCUGGGGAGUUCAUAUUUCUUCUGCAAAUUCCCUUAAUGAUAAGGAAGGUGGGUGACUUCUUACCAGGUUCAGUAAUUUCAUAGUAAGUUUCUUUAGCCAAGAGAGCUUCAGAGUCAUAAUGAGGGGAACCAGCUAUAUGCCUGAUAUUACUUUAUUAAUGUAUUAUAGUCUUUUUACGGUGUGAAACUGCUGGAAUGGAAACCCCUAGUUAAAAAGGAGAAGCUGAAGAGGCUUAUGAUAGUCUUCCAGUGGAUUUUACAGAGCUAUAUAGACAAACAAGGACAGAAAUACUGCAGUGGAUGAGCAUGGUCAUCUUGACUUAUACAUAGGUCGAUGUUGUCAAGGUCAGAAACGCAUGGUUGAUCUCUGGCCCAACAUGCCUUUUGUGAGGUUGAGAACAUUGCCCGUGGGCAGGGGAACUGUUUCUUGGGCAUCUGAAGGAGGCACUUGCAGAGGUCAGCAUCCCUGCCUGCCCAGGCCUGUCUCCCCUGGCUACCUUUCCAGCUGACGGUUGGACUGGCUGGAAUUGUUUUCCAGAGGUUUCCAUGGCUUCCUUCUGACUGUAGAAGGAGCUUUUGAAGACAAACUACCAUAAAGCCUGCCUGAGCAGGUACAGUUUUCCCCCCUUUGCCUCUUUCUCUGGCACAACGUGCCUGAUCAGGCCGUGAUUCUUUUCCUUCAUCGGUCUUAUCCUAAAUAGUUCGUAAUCUGAUUAGCCACAGAGAAGCAUUAUCCCUGCUUCACAGAUAGGAAACCGAAGUUUAGACUGAGGAUAUCCAGCCCUGUUAGGUGUCAUUUGACAUCGGCCAGGAUUGAAAGCGCCACUAACAAGGAAGAUGUAGAUUCUUUUAUGAAACAGCCUGGAAAUGAGACAGCAGAUGUAGUUCUUAAGAAGUUGGAUGAGCAGUAUCAGAAGUAUAAAUUUUUGGAACUUAAUCUUGCUCAAAAGAAAAGGAGGCUAAAAAGUCAGAUUCCUGAAAUUAAACAGACAUUAGAAAUUUUAAAACACAUGCAGAAGAAAAAGGAUUCCACACAUCCAAUGGAAACAAGAUUUUUAUUGGCAGAUAAUCUCUACUGCAAAGCUUCAGUUCCUCCUACAGAUAAAGUUUGUUUGUGGUUGGGGGCCAAUGUGAUGCUUGAAUAUGAUAUUGAUGAAGCUCAGGCUCUGUUAGAGAAGAAUUUGUCAACAGCCACAAGAAACCUGGAUCUUCUAGAGGAAGACCUGGAUUUUCUCAGAGAUCAGUUCACCACUACAGAAGUCAAUAUGGCUAGAGUUUAUAAUUGGGAUGUAAAGAGAAGAAACAAGCAAGACCCUUCCAAAAACAAAGCAUAGUUUUGCCAAUUUUGAAUGUGGUUUCAAUUUCCAAAUAUUUUUUAUUUAAACACCCCCAAGUUCAUUCUUAAGGGACUGAGUUACUUUAAGCAUUUCAGUAAAUGGUAAAAUAUAUAAAAACUAAUGGUGAGCACCAUUCUAUUUAUUUGUAAACUCAAAAUUUGGUUUCAUGCAUGCUUCAUGAAAUAAAUUAUUUGAAAAGGCACCGCACAGUCCAGCAAAGGACACAGUAUUUUGAUCAGACCAAUCUGUCAUAAAUAAAUUUCUCCCCAAAAGCUUGUCUGAAAAGUUGAGAGGCAUGUAUGAAAUGGAGUCUGACGUGUUAGCAGGUUAAGGCCAUGCAGGCAGGGGUUUACUUUUUUCACCUCUGUGUACAGCUGAUGAAGUUAAAGUGGACUUGGGCUGGGAAGACGUGCAGCCGUCAUGUUUUAGGAAACAGAAAAACUACAGUGAAGUCUUGGAUUUUGUUUCAGUCAGUUAAUUGGCAGCAUCCAUCUGCAAGCAUUCCUGGAUAUCCACUUUGGAUAAACUUGUUUUUAAUAUUUAUUGGUUAGUUAACUGCCUGUUACCGACCUCGCAGCACUUUACGUACAACAGUUUGUGACUUGUCUUCAGAGAAGAGUGAAAUGUAGAUGAACAGCACAAGCUGUGCCAGGACUGCAGGUGAUCUCACCCCGUCCCCUUUCAUACAUGUGCGCACACUGCUCGUGUCUGCAAAGGCGCUGACGAAGGACACCAAAACGCUGAUUAGCUGUAAACAAGGACACCCCCCCCCUCCCCGUUUGCCAUCCCUUAGACAAGACCUCCAGUUCCAAUGUCUUAACACUCUCAGCCUCCAGGUGGUGAAACCUGUAUCAGCUAGGGAUGGUUCACUGAAGCAUGACUUCUGGUGUUAACCUUGGAAUAUUUUUUUGGUUCUUACGAAGCCUUGCAAGAUUGUUGCCUUUUACCUCUGCAGUUUCUUUCUAAAAUGAAAUGCUCAGUGGUGAUGUCAGUGGCUAAUAUUCACAUUCUGUGACUGAGAAUACAGGUUUCGCUGCAAAAUAAAUGCAAAUGUUAACUGUUCAAUCUUCAUGUAAGAAACAAUAUACCUGUAAAUUUUUUGUACUUUUAUUUCAUGAUAUUAAAAUAGUAAAACUAAACAGUUGUGGCAAACACCUGUUUUUGUGCAUCUUUCUUUGUGUGAGAAAGUCACGAAUCUGAUGUGUGAUCUUCUGCAAGGCUUCCCUCCCUUAAUUGGGGGCGGGGAGGGUGUGAAAAAAUUCAGCUGAAGCAGCAGACCUGAACAGCCUGGCUGCUGAAUGCUGGCUGGAAUGGAACGGGGAGCGUGAGUCAGCACGUCUGACUGUGAAUACAAGCAACUGAUGUGACAGCACUGUGGCUGUGAAAGAGCAAGAGCCGCAGGAGCGGGCCUAAGACAGGUAAACCCUUACAGCGUUCCCAGGCGCCUGGGCUUGGCUCCUCCGUGCCUUUCCUGCGGGGCGAUGCUGCUUGUUCCGCUGUCCUUGGCUGGAGCAGAGAAAUGUUUAGAUCCAACAUAAUCUGACGAACAGGUAUCUGUCUGCCCGCUGCUGCGCCGGGCUGGAUGUGGGGCUGCUCAGGCUGCGUCUCUCCCUUUAAGAGCAUCAGCAAUGACAGCAAAGGCAGCUACAACUACGUCCUGAUUUCUCCUGCAAUUUUCUCUUCUGUUUGGAUUAAUGAGAUCCCAACAGGCUAACGCGUGCUCCCCCCUCCCUCUGGCCUGUCCUAAG